AUGGCCGAAUUUGCCCCCAUUAUCCAGGUCGUGGCCUGGGGAACAAAGCUGUCGCUCGGUCUGUACGACUUCGGCAUCUCCAAUCCCUCGGCCACCCGAGAGCUCAACCGCACGGCAAAGAGCGUCAGCCUCUUCUCGCUCAUGCUGAAGCAAGUCGGCACCCUUCUGCGCGAAGACGUCACCUCGCCCUCGCCCGAGUCCUACGAGACGGUCCAGGACAUCACUCUGCUCGCCCAGAAUGCCUUUGCCGCCAUUGAGGAAGUCCUGCCCACCAAGCCGCUCCCGCAUUCCGACGACCCUGCCUCUUCACCCCCGCGGAAAUUGGAUCUCGUAUCCAAGAGCAAGCUCCACUAUCUCCUCGCCUACGUCGAUUCACUGAACGCCACCCUGUCCGUCAUGCUGCAGGCUUUUUACACUGUGCGCGUCAUUGCAUGGUCCAGAUCUCGCCAAGACCGUGCUCCAGCCUCCGCCGCUGAUGCCGUUGCCAAUGAGCGCUCUCAGCUCGAAGUCCUGGUCAUCGAGCAACAGCUCCUCCUCCUGGAUGUCUCCGAGGCCCAUGCCGAGUACCGCCGAAGUCGUGACUUCGCAACCAACUCUGACCAAAGAGAUCCCAGCACAGUCCAGGAUACCACCCCGCCUCCCGACACGCUUGAAAAGUACAAGGACCAAUCGAUCAAGGCCGCAAAUCUUCAAUCCAGCAUCACUGAGAGCUCCGCCUUUGUCCGCCGUAUCUCAUCCACAUCCAGCAAUGACAUUCUGCACAGGUGGACAAGGCUCAGUGACAUCGAGCGCCGGCUGUCCUCCACGGAUGAGUAUCCUGGUACUCUGCAAACGGUUCAACAGGGACUUGAGCGGCGAGACAGCUACCAGCCCCGCGUCGAGUCUGAUAGUGAAUCCGAAGAGAGCCCCAGCCUAACGCGGAGAGAUUCGGAGGCGACGUCCCCGCGACCACAAGUACCGCCAGGCGUCCACCAUGCGGGUGUCACGGACCGAAAUGCUCUUCCUACUCCGACUGCAAACAUCCAAAACAUGCGAUCAAGCGCCCUUUUCUCGCCUGGAGGCUCAUAUGCCUGCCUCUCCCCUUCCACCACAUACGUACCAUCAGGACCGUCACCAGCUCGAUCAGUAAAUUCAGGGUACUUCCCAUCUCCACGAACCAGCUCCAACACGCUCGGCUCGAAUCACGCCCCGGCAUCCGAGGGAAGAGAAAGAGCCACCAGCAACGGACUUGGUAUUCCAUGGAGGCUCUGGCAGGGAAGCAAUCGCUGGGAUUUUGUCGACGACCAAAUAAUGAACACCAACUCGCAGGCGCCGGUGGAGAAGGCAUACACGGAGCGCAGUAGCUGGACCGAGAUCAUGCAAACUUGGGCCGAGAUCCGAGGCCUUGUCGACCGAUCCAUCGAGCUUUUCCGGCAAGCACAGUACCCUCCACGGCUCAGUGCCGACUUGAGUGAUUCCAGAGGUAGCAUCCGAAGCAACAAUAGUGCGGGAUCCUACCGACGCGAUCGAAACGGGAAGAGUUACAGCGACCGAUCGCGUGACGGUCACGAUUCUUCGGCAACCGAUUCCGACUCCGACGCUCGUCCUCGUGCGCGGCGCACCAUCUCUUCAUCGAGCAUCAAAAACCGCAGAAGUAAUAGCAGGCGUAAAAAGGAACGCGAGAAGAGAAGCAGCGGAAGUCAUACAUUCGGUACCUUGGCCAAGUAUGGUGGCGUUGCAGCUCUUCUCGAAGGUCUGCCGGAAAUCCUGCGGGGUAUCUGA